AUGGGCGUGCACGGGCUGUGGCAGCUGCUGCAGCCGGUGGGCCGCCCCGUCACGCUGGAGUCACUGCAGGGCAAGCGUCUCGCGAUUGACUCGUCGAUUUGGCUGUACCACUUCCAGCGCGCGAUGCGCGAUCGCGACGGGAACACGCUGUCCCAUGCCCACUUGCUUGGCUUCCUGUGGCGCAUUUUGAAGCUCUUGUUUUAUGGGAUCCAGCCCGUGUUCGUGUUUGAUGGCGGUGCGCCCAUCCAGAAGCGGCGCACUAUAGCGAACCGCAAGCACCGCCGCACGCUGGCGGGCGAGUCAGUGGCGCGCGCCGCUGAAAAGCUGCUGGCGGCACAGUUGCGGCAGGCGGCGCUGCGGCAGGUCGCGCCUGCGCCGCCGUCCGAGCUCGACAAGGGCACCGUGUACUACGACGAUGCGGAGCGCAGCCCACCGCGGCCCGCGCGCCUACGCGACGUGGCGCCCGUGCCGGCGAAGCAGGCCGCCAGGGACCCGUACCAGCUGCCGGCCAUGCCGAAUGAGGCGUGGCCGCCGUCCGAUCCACGCGACCUACGCUUUGCCACCGAGGCUGAGCUGCGUGACCUGAUGAAGACGAUCGCGCCAGAGGACCUCGAUAUCCACUCGGAGCUCUUUCGCAGCUUGCCGCCUGAGCUGCAGUACGAGCUCGUGGGCGACUUGCGCGCGCAGUCCCGCGGCACAUCGUUCCAGCGUCUCCAGGACAUGCUGGCUGCCGCACCGACGCCCAUUGACUUCUCCAAGGCCCAGGUCUCGUACCUCAAGACGCGCAACGACCUCACGCAAAAGGUCCUGACUGUCACAGACGAGAUUGGGCAGGCACAUAUCCAGGUGCCCCUGCGUGUCGCAGGGAGCCGAAGCCGCGAGUAUGUCCUCACGCAUAUCGAGGGUGGCGAUGGCGGGUUUGCGCUGGGCACUCACGCCCCAGGCUCGUCGCGUGAGCGCGCUAUCCAAGUCGACGAUGACGAGCCCAAGACUUGGCAGAACGUGCAAGACGAAUGGGACCCUGCGGAGAUGGACGACGUCGACAUUGCGCCGGCAGAGUCUGUGCCUGACCCUGAGCUGGACGUCCUUGUGCAUGCGGAGCGCGAUCCCAUUCAGCGGAAAGAGCGGGCACUAGCAUUUCUGCGUGCUCGUGCCGAGCAUCAUCGACGCCAGAAACACCGCGACACGGGCAUGGAGGCGCUAGAGGAGCGGCUCUAUGGGCACAUGGAUGAAGUACAGGCGUCUGAGGCCUUGUUCCAUGCCGACGACGCCGUAGGCGACGAUGAAUGGGACGAUGUGCCGCUCGGCGCAGCGACUUCCGCCGAGCCGCAGGCGGGACCUGCUUCAAUCGUUGAGCUCACCGGGCCAGCGUCACAAGAUGGCGCAAGCGGUGCUUCAAGCAGAGAGCAUCUCCGGCAUGAGGCUGGGUGGCCCAUGGCUGACCCAGCUCCUCCGUUGGAGGCUAGCCAUUCCGCCGUGGAGGCUGCAUGGGUGCCUAAAGCACAGGUCCCAAAGGCUGAGAGCCAAGAACAGGCACCAGAGAUUGAGCGAGAGGCACCGAAGAGCGAGUCUCCGAAGGUAGGAGCUUGGUCAAGCGAGGCAGCCGCCGAGGAGCGGGGCCUAACUCCUGAGGUACGCCCCACGGCAGCCGAGGAGCGGGACCCGACUCCUGCUGAGAUACACCCCACGGCAGCCGAGGUACAAGAGGCAGUUGCCAAGCCUGUCGAGCCAGCCGGGGGAGAUUCCUUGCCCGUGCACCAGGUCCAGCCUCUCAAAGACGAGCCGGUGUCGGAGUGCCCCCCCCACCUGACUGCAAGCGUCGAGGCACCGGUGCUGCCGUCCAUAUCACCCCCUCCAGUGCCUCAAGAGAGCCACCCGCCAGCGCCUGCUGAGGCGUCUCGCACGCCCGAGGCGCCUAUGUCUGAGGCGCCUCUAGACUCGCCCACGGUCUUGCAAAAGCAACCUGCCGAUUCUGCCUCACCCUAUGCAUGGUCGCCUAGUCCGUCGCCUGAGCCGGUACGGCUUGGCGCCGACGGCUUUCCUCUGCCGUCUGCGGAAGAAGUCGAGCAUAUUGAGGCAGUCGAAGAGCAGGACAUGGCCAAGAUGGAGCAGGACCAGCGGGCGUUUGCCUCGUUUCUAAGUGAGACGAGUGGCCGAAGCCUGCCCGAGAUGCAGCAAGAGGUGGAUGCAGAAGUCGAGGCGCUGCGGCAGGAGCGCGCACGGCUGCGGCGCUCGGAAGAGGAAAUCACCUCGCAAAUGACCGCCGAGAUCCAAGCCAUGCUCCGUCUAUUUGGGCUGCCGUACAUUACCGCUCCGAUGGAAGCGGAAGCGCAAUGUGCGCAACUCGCGACGCAGCGACUCGUCGACGGUAUCAUUACGGACGACAGCGACGUCUUCCUGUUUGGCGGCACGCCUGUGUACCGCCACAUGUUCAAUCCCCAGCGCAUGGUCGAGUGCUAUCGGCUGCCGGACAUGACGCGCGAGUUGGGCCUGGACCAAGAGCGACUGAUCCAGCUGGCCUUCCUGCUGGGUAGUGACUACACAGAAGGCCUCUCUGGCGUGGGACCCGUGCUGGCCAUGGAGAUUCUCAGCGUAUUUCGCAGCCUGCCAGACUUUGCGCAGUGGUGGCGCCAAGUGCAGAUGGGCGCAGACACAGAUCUGCUCGAUCGGCACCACAAGGUGCGCCGGCGCAUCAAGCGCGCGCUGCGUGACAAGGUGCACUUGGAUGCCGAUUGGCCCGACGCAAACGAGGAGCACGCCUAUAUUCAUCCGAUUGUGGACGAUAGCGACGAGCCGUUUGUGUGGGGUCAGGCAGACUUGGACGCGGUGCGUGCCUUCCUCUACGAGCAUCUCCACUGGCCUACCAGUAAGACGGACCAGUAUGUGCGGCCUGUCAUCGAGCAGCAGCACAAAGCCGCCCGCCUGCAGCGUAUGCAGACGACGCUGGACCAGGCAGGCUUUGUGGCGCCAGUGCCCCCUUCAGCGGCGAACCGCAUCAGCUCGGCGCGUCUACAGCAGGUGGUCCGUGAUUUUCGGCAGGCCCAGAGCGCCUCGACGAGCGACGACGAACCGAGCGCCGAGCCGCGCCGUAAGCGUCCACGCAGAUCGGCACGCGAGGCCAAGCGCCCAUAA